AUCUUCCGGCGAGCUGACAAGAAUGAUGAUGGGAAGCUGUCAUUUGAGGAGUUCAAGAACUAUUUCGCUGAUGGGAUCCUGAGCUCAGAGGAGCUGUGGGAGUUAUUCAGUGGCAUUGACAGGCGUCACUCAGAUAACGUGGACACGGAGAAAUUGUGUGAUUAUUUCUCAGCGUAUCUUGGAGAAUACAGGAAUGUGCUUUCUGCCCUGGAAGCCCUCAACUCUGCGGUCCUGGCAGCCAUGGACAAAACCAAGCUGAGGUACGAGAGCUCCUCGAAGAUGGAGCAGUUCCUGACGCGGUUCCUGCUGCGGGAGACCCUGCAGCAGCUGCAGUCCCUGCAGGCCUCUCUCGAGUGCGCCGUGGACACCGUGGAGGAGCAGUCGGGGCGGGACAGAAAGGACAUCAAGAAGCUCGAGACCUCGGUUGGGCUGAGGUCAGGGAGGCGAUGUGGGCGCAGAGGACAGAAGAACAUCUGCCUGUCUCCAACAGACCCCUAUUCUGGGAUGCUAACGACAGGCGUUUGUGUCGAAGACAACAGCCAGUGGAUGGAAAAAAGGCGGCAGCAGCUCAUCGAGAAGCUGGAGUGUAAGAGCCCGCGCCUGGAGCCGCUGAAGGAGGAAGCGAUGUGCAAAGGAAGAGAUGCACACAUCCUGGUGGCGAAGAGGCAGAUCUCGGUGGCAACCAGCAGCAUCGAGGAGUUCCGCCAGGCCUUCAGGUCCUACACGGAGGGCACGGCCGGGCAGAGCAGCUGCCUGCACCACUUGCAGUCCAGCUGCAGCAAGACGUUCCAGCGCUCCAUCAGCAGCUUGCUUGAGGCCCCGGAGCUGCUGACCACCAUGCUCUUCCCAGCAUCCUGGUGGAUCAUGAACAACAACUGA